AGUACACAGUUGCCUAAAUUAAGGCGUGUUUUGGUUAUUUUCUAUGGUUAUGAUGUCAUCAAAUAAAUUAUAGGUUUUUCUAUGCUAAACCUCUAAAAAAAUAAUGUAAAUAAGUUAUCAUACACAUUUACAACCCACCUAAAGGUAAAUAAAGGCACCACUAUGGCUGAAAAAAAACUUAAUAUGAAGGAAGCAGAGGCCUCUGCAAAGGAAAAGGCCACUAGGCAGGUGAUAACAAUGUUCCAAAGACCUGGUCAAAUAGAAAAAAUAGAACAGUACAAGAGAAGAGUAGCUCGACAGAAGGCUUCUUUUGAAGCUCUCUCAAAGUCAGCUUCGCAAAAGCAAAUCGAUGGUGUGAGAAAAGCGUUAACAAUGCUAAAAAAAUGUUCAGAAACGGUAAAAGAAAUAAACGGGAGUGUGCAAGGGUUAAACAAACUAUUUGACGUCGUUCCAGUACUUUAUAACAGUUUAAACGAGGUUAGAGAUGAAAAUAUGAGGCAUUCUCAAUAUGUUACAGCAAUAGAGAAUCACAAGCACAUAUUCACAAUGCCUGCAAGUGUAGAGAAAACGAAGCAGUGGAUAAAUGAGGCUAAAUUGUUGCAUACACAUCAAAGUUUAAGGGAUCUGGAGACUUCUCGUGAUGACUUAUUAUUUGAGUUACAUAAACUCCCAAACCAAUCAGUGCACGAUAAAUCUAUGCUUAAAGCGUACUUUUCUGAAGUGGAAGUGCUAUCUCAGCUUCUGGAAAAGCAAAUGCGUAUUAUAUUAUCAAGAACAUUAAACACAGUUCGUAAGGAUCCAAGUAUUAUAGUUACUGUACUAAGAAUAAUAAAAAGGGAGGAGGAAUUCGAUCAGGACUCUGUCAAACGCGAAAAACAAACGGGGUUUAUUUCGCCUGGCAGGCCCAAGAAAUGGAAGAAAAUGCUGUUUGAAAUACUGGAAAAAUCAGUUGCUACAAGAAUUGAAGGUACACAAGUUGAUGAGAGAGAUGACAAUAAACUUUGGCUUAUAAGAUAUUUAGAAUUAAUCAGACUACUUAUUGUGGAGGAUUUAAGAGUGGUCAAACAUUUAUGUGUGCCUUGCUUUCCACCUGAAUACGAAAUAAUGAAGAAAUAUAUUGAUAUGUAUCAUAAUUCCUUGUCUAGACAUCUACAAGAAAUAAUACAGAAUGGUUUGGAAGGUAAUGAGUAUGUAACCAUUUUAUCAUGGAUUAACCAAACAUACAAAUCGAGAGAUUUGUUGGGUCACCCUGAUUUAAGUGAAGAUACGAAAAAUCUAGGACCCCUACUGCCCAAGGCUGUUGUAGACAGAUUGGAAAAGGAUUAUUUAACGAAUAUUGAUCGAAAUUAUGGCGAAUGGAUGCAAAAUACCCUAACGUCAGAAAUGAACGAAUGGAGUUCAGUUGAAGAGUUAAAUCUGGACUCUUAUUCCAGGCAACCAGCGCCCCUAAUAAUAUUCCAAAUGAUAGAUCAAAAUUUACAAGUCACAAAAACUAUGAGAGUUGAAUUAACUUUAAGCGUGUUAAGUCUCAGCAUUGACCAUUUAAUAAAAUUCAGCGAAUCAUACAAGACAAGUAUUAUAGACUUCAAAAAUCGGUAUUUUGCUGAUAGAAAACAAGUUCCAUAUUUCACGCAGAACAUGAUCUUAAUAAUAAACAACUGUCACCAAUUUAUAAAAUUAGGCUCAGAGUUGGAGAAGCAUUAUUCUGAAAACCUCGAUAUCACAGAUGUACCAGAAAAGAUACGCAGCAUGGAGAGGCACUUUUUGGAUCUGCGUAAUGAAUCGUGUGCGUAUCUUCUACAAGAAGUGUCUACUGAUCUGGAGGAGUAUUACAACGAAUUAUUCACGCCAAACUGGCUGAAAACUCAAGACGCCGCCAUAGAUACCAUACAUUUGACGCUGGUGGAUUAUUUCAAGGAUUACCAACAUUUAGUCGACGAAAAUUACAAGUACAUAGCUGAAACAGCGAAGAAUACAGUUGCGAAAAGAUAUUUGACUUGUUUGCUAUCAAAACGCUUGACCGUCAAGACUUUUGAGGAGUGUAGGAGGGUGGCCGAUAAAAUAAAGCAUGAAACCAACAAGUUGUCGCAGUUGUUUGUCAAUUUGUGUAAAAUUACCGAUGAAAAGGAUAAUCCUUUCAAAUGUAUUUUUAUGUUGUGCGAGAUUAUAAGUAGUGACGGCGAUAUGGUCUCCUUUGAGCUGCAUAGAGCCGUCGAACAAUAUCCGGAUAUAUCUGAAGAUCACUUGCUUAGAUUGUUGAAUUUCAGGGGUGAUAUUCCAAGGGCGGAUAUCAAGGACAAGAUACAAGCUGUGGAAAAACCCAAGGGCCAUUACCGAAGCACAAUUUUUAGCACUAUUGUAUUCCAGAAACAGAUCAUUUCUUUCUAAUUUAUUGAAAUUAUAUUAAAGUAAAAUUGGUUACUUUUUGGUGUUUUAUUGGCAGAGAAGGUGGUAAUAUGGAACCCCCUAUAGAAUAAAAUGCGAUAGUUACAA